GGUGCUGGCACAGCCAUUGGAGAGCUGCCUCCAUAUUUUAUGGCAAGGGCGGCCCGACUCUCUGGUGCUGAACCUGAUGAUGAAGAGUACCAGGAAUUUGAGGAGAUGCUGGAACAUGCAGAGACUGCACAAGAUUUUGCUUCCCGGGCUAAACUGGCUGUCCAGAACCUGGUGCAGAAGGUUGGGUUCUUCGGCAUAUUGGCCUGCGCUUCAAUUCCAAACCCUCUGUUUGACCUGGCCGGGAUAACAUGUGGACACUUUCUAGUUCCCUUCUGGACCUUCUUUGGUGCAACUUUGAUUGGGAAAGCAGUAAUUAAAAUGCAUAUCCAGAAACUUUUCGUUAUUAUAACAUUCAGCAAACAUAUAGUGGAGCAGAUGGUGUCCCUCAUCGGUGCUAUUCCAAGUAUAGGUCCUUCUCUUCAGAAGCCAUUUCAAGAAUAUUUGGAAGCUCAGAGGAUAAAACUUCACCACAAAUCUGACAGUGGCGUGCCACAGGGGGAAAACUGGCUAUCGUGGAUGUUUGAAAAAUUGGUGAUUGUCAUGGUUUGUUACUUUAUCUUAUCUAUAAUCAACUCCAUGGCCCAAAGCUAUGCCAAACGACUGCAACAGAAGAUGUACUCUGAAGAAAAAACCAAAUGAGCUUGGAAAAAAACCCUGGGAGUGGGUUUUAGCAGACAGGAGAAAUGACACAUCUUUCCAUACAUUUAAAAAUCAGCAUUAUUCAAAAUGGGGGAAAACUUUUUAACAUCAGUUUUGAACUCUAACAAGUUUUUAUUUAAUUUUGAAAGUAAUUUGGAUAUUUGAGCAGACGUUUCAUUGACAAACUUUAAAUGUUAAGGUAAGGUGUAAAUGCUUUACAAGUCUGAGUUGUAUUAGACAGGAUGGACAAGGUGAUGUUAAACGGUGUUUAACACACAUGUUGUCCAUCCAAAUUACUUCCGAAACUGAUGAUUUAAUACUCUCCAUUUCCUGAUUUAACUUCAGACUGACCUAAGGGUAAUUUUUUAUUUUGAAGGGUGGCUGUUUUGCUUUUUCCGUAACUUUCAAGACCAUGAAAAUGUAUAUAAAUGAAUACAGAUUGGAUACAAAUUGUUGCAUGUCCCUCAUGGUAAGGCUAUUCCAUUUGAAUUCUCCCGCGUCCCAUGGCAUUGCACGUGCUCUCGGUUGGAAAAGCCACCCUCCUAAACUUCAUGAUGUUAGCAGAGAUGAUGGAUGUCAAAAUGCUGAAGCUGACAUUUUUUAUUCUGUAUAUUUAGAAUGAAGUUAAGAUAAAACUUUAUAAAGUCAUCUUUGAUCAUU